CGAUUGCUUUCGGUAUCUUUGUCAACCCGGAGGUACUAGGAGGUACUGGGAGGUACAGAAUAGGCGCCAAGUGCCAAUUAACAAAUCCGAAGCUGUCUUCUUAGAGGGAGGAGGAGGAUACGUCAUCGCAACGACAAACCCGCAAUAGAUCCACCUCAGACCGGGGAAUAAUACCCUGCCUCGACUCCGACAAGCUUGCGCUGCCUACCUAUCCUCCUAUCUUUUACUUACAGCCACUCCUUCUUGAUCACUGUCUCCUCUUAGUUGCUUUUGUCUUCAUUUUUCUAGUGGCCAGUUUGCAUUUGCUACCUUACCUGCCUAACACUCACUCGUCUUGGCCUCUCAUGGCAAUAUAGCCAUCAUCCGUCAAUUCGAACCGCGCAGAGGAACGAACCUCAAGUCGUCCUCUAGCGGAUCCCUGCACCCCAAAAAACCAACCAUGGCACCCUCAAUCUUCAACUUUAAAAAUCUACGAAGACGAUCGAGAGCCAGCUUCAGGACCGACCAUUCCACAGAUACCUCGAGCGACGGCAGCAAUGGCACGGCUCCCACCGCCGGCUCUCUAACCCCUCCAUCCGUUGCUCACCAGUCCGACUCGGCUAUCAAUCUGCAGCUGAAGGAUCAAUUGGACGCUCCCGCCACCCCUGUACGACCUACUUUGCAAUCAGUCACCAACGGCAGCACGAACCGGCACAGCGUUUCCGGAAUGGCCGGCCUGGGGUCACCAGUCCAGGCUGGCCGGGGCCCGGCAUUGCCCGUCUCGGCCUACUCUCCGCGCAUUACCAACGUGUCGGAUAAUUCCUGGGUCUACCAGAAGAUCCUCCUCGUGUACGGGACAAUAGGCGAUCCGUCGCAACAGUCUCUCAACGGGAACCUUACCAUCAGCCGGCUAGACGAUGGUUUCCCACCAACCUACUGGCCGGUUAACGACUCACAUUUCAAGGCAUUGGUUUACAUGCUGCCCGGUGCCAACAGGAUACGAUUUGAUUUCUCCAGCCCGAAGCUUGCCAACAGCGGCUCUUCUAAUCCUAUCCACGCCUCCUACCUCACCAUCCACAUGCUCAACCCGACAAACUCACCGCCCCUUCAGCUCGCCAUCCUGCUCGGAAAAGACUCACCGGGCACUUUCGAUGCUGUCCCCGCGCGUGUCGAGCGAGAAGGCAAUGGGCUGGACACGGCGAUUCGGAAGUUCCGCAUGGCCGCCUACCUGUGGCAAGCCUUCACUGCGGAGCAGAUGUGUCGGAAUAAGUUUGGAAGACGGGUCUUCCGAUUUGAGGAGGAAUGGACAACAGGAACGACCAACCAGCGAGACCGUGAGUUUGGUAUGAUGCGUGCCGAGGCCCGCGUACAUGUAAUCCGCUCGACCAAGACGGUCGCAGAGCUUCGGGAUUUAAACCGAGCACAGCAAAACCCCAAGGCGACCGACAAGGGUGCCCUUUACGGCAUCGCUGCCGACGCCGUGAAGGACUACUUCAAACCGCUUCCGGGCCAGAAACAAUACGUGUCCGUCCUCCUCUUAGACUCUCACUGGGACACAGCUUCGAGGACCAUCACCGGUCAUGCAGCACUGGGGGGAUGCGUGGGGGACCUGCAGCUUGCCAUCUUCGGGUCACACUGCCUGCAGAGCUACCCCACCAGCUUUGAGGAGGUGGUGCCCGCCUUCAAUGAUUGCACGCCGACCGACACCAACCAUGUGGGCAAUGACUGCAACGAUGCUGGAAGCUCUUGGGAAGCCGCCAACAUUGGAAUUGGUGCUCACCUGCACGAGACGGGACAUUUGCUCGGCCUACCCCACCGGGAGAGCGGAGUGAUGCUCAGGGACUACGUCACUUUCAACCGGACAUUUGUCACCCGCGAGGCCUACUCGACGAGGACAAAGUCAAAGGGCGGCAACGUCUCCCAGCAAGACGAGUGUACCUGGCAUCGUCUAGACUGCCUGCGGUUCCGCAGCCACCAAUGCUUCCGGUUGCCCAACGACCCACCGCUCAAUCCCGACGACAGCGUGCAGGCGUGGCCGGUAGAGGCGGGGAAUCUCUUGGUGACGGCCGCGACCGGAAUCUCCUACAUAGAGAUCUACGGCGAAGGGGAUGACGUGUGCCACACGUGGGUUGAAUACCCUGCCGAGAACGGGUCCAUCCAGCGCCAGCUAUGCUUGACCGAGGCCGACCUGCGAAACCGGCUGCCCGAACCCAAGCGCAGAGGGAUGGUCAGGGUGUCUAUCAAGUCGCAUGGUGGCGGCAAUUUGGAUAUCGAGGACCUCAAGAAGUCGUGCUCGAAGGAGGCAUCUUUCAAGUUGCCCAGCAACCUUCCCGGGAUGGGCAAGUCGGCCUAUCGGGGCAAGCAGCUCGGCCUGUCGAAGAUGGAGGGGAGCCAGCCCCACGAGGUGGUGUUCACGAGCUCCGUGCGACAGGACAGGGUUCUCUCGCGCAUCAUCUUCUACCACGGCUUCGCCGUUGACGGGCUCGAGUUUGUCUACGACGAUGGCUCUCGCCAGCUGUUUGGGAAGAGGGGAGGGAAACAGGGCGGAGAUGCUUUCGAUAUGGAUAUCCGUCGAGGGGAGUACAUCACCGGCUUCUUCGUCAGAGCCGGCUUCUGGAUCGAUGGUAUCCAGGUCCUGACGAGCCUGGGGAGGAGAUCUCCCAUGUUUGGUAACACGCACGGCGGUUCUGCGCAUUCUCUGAUACCCCCUAGAGGUUACACUAUCUGCGGUGUGACCGGAUCCUGCGCCGCUUGGGUUGAUGGCUUCUCUGUGAUUAUUACUAAAUAAAUAAAAAAGGGGUAGGGGCCGCCGUCACCAUGACCAUAAACGGCCAACGAUUCUUGCAUACGAAUACGGAAAUACAUAC